AUGAUUGGGCGGUAUGCUGGUAUCCAGGUAACCGAAAAAUGCCAGCAGAAGCAGCAGAACGCUGGACGUCGCUCUCCUCCAUUUCAAAGACCAUCAUUUCACACCUCCAGCAUCACUGUCCAUCAACAUCUCUCAUUUGAUGGCGUGAGGAAUUCUCUCUCAGAUCUGAAAAAGAGACUCGAGGAAUUCUGUGAGGAGGAAUUCAACAAAAUCCCUCCACAUGCUGCAGCAGUUCAGAUCAUUUCAGAACCAGAACCACAGAGCAGAGAAGAGUUUCUGAAAGAUUUCUGUUAUCUGACUCUGGAUCCCAACACGGCACAUCGUCGCCUCAUUCUGUCUGAGAAGAACAGAGCGGUGAGAUGGAGUGUGAUAGAGCAGCGUUACUCUGAUCAUCCAGAGAGAUUUGAUUACUGGGAGCAGGUGUUGUGUAAGGAGAGUGUGUGUGGACGCUGUUACUGGGAGGUGGAGUGGAGCGGUGCUGCUGUGUCCAUAUCAGUCUCAUAUAAAGACAUCAGCAGGAAAGGAUGGGGUAAAGAGUGUGGGUUUGGAUUCAACAAUCAGUCCUGGAGUCUGUGGUGUUUUUCUUCUUCUUCUCUCUCUUUCCAUCACAACUACAUUAAGACUGAUCUCAGAGUUCCAUCAGCCUCCAGAAUAGGAGUGUAUGUGGAUCACAGUGCAGGAACUCUGUCCUUCUACAGCGUCUCUGACACGAUGAAGCUCCUCCACAGAGUCCACACCACAUUCACUCAGACUCUAUACGCUGGGUUUGGGUUUAGGUACUCCGCGUUUUAUGGUUCUACAGUGAGAUUGUGUGAUCCAGAAUAAAAGUGUGUAGUGUUUUCUGUAAAAUUCCUGCACGUUGCCACGUUGUUGCUCAGUCGUCUGUUUCACUAGAACACAAUCCAGCUGCACAAAAACACUCAUUUUAAUAUUUAAAUUAAAACAGAUGAAUAAUUUAAAAUAAUUAAAAAGGAAAUGUUAAAAAUUAACUGUCAGACAAGAAACUCGUCAAAUUUAAAAAGAAAAUGAUCUCAUGACCUUCGCAUUAUAAAGUUCUGUUUGUUUCAUAUUAUUCCACAAGGUUAAGUACGCUCGCAUUUGUGGACAUAAAAUAAUUUUGGUGAAAUUGGGCAGUCUUGUCUGAUUCCACAUAAAAUCUUAAAUUUUGGUGUCAUUGCAGGGUUAAGGGAGAUAUAACUAUAAAUAUCAUUGUGAAAUAUUUUAAUAACCUUGCAGAAGCCUUUUCCAAAUCCAAGAGUUUUGAGUUUUAUAAACAAAAAAUCAUGCUCCACAGUGUCGAAUGCUUUGAAAAAGUCUAGAAAUAAAACGAGACUGAUUAAAUAAUCGAUUGGUAAUCAAUCAUAUCCAGAAUCAGUUGGACGUGGUUUUGAAUAUAUUUUCCCUUCAUGAAGGCUGAUUGAUAUUCGUCUACAAGUUUUACAAGUACACGCUUUAGACGAUUAGCAGAUACUAAGGCAAGUAAUUUAUAAUCAUUGCAUAGUAAGGUUAUAGGUCUCCAAUUGUCUAGCAACAAGAAGUCUUUUUUGGGUUUUGGUAGCAAGGUUAUUAAGCCUGUCUUCAUCGUCGGGGAUAAACAUCCUUUGUGAACGCAUUCUAAGAAUGCUCUAUAUAAUAUAUUUUUUUAAUAUCCACCCAAAAGUAUUUUAAAAAUUCAGAUGUUAAGCCAUCGAUUCCUGGUGAUUUACCAUUUUUCAUUUGUUUUAAUGCAAUUUCAAUUCCUGUUAUAGUUCAUUCCUCAUCAAGUGUAUGUUUGUCUUCAUCCAGUUUUUUUGAGGUCAUCAUUGAUGGGAUAAAAUAAGACAUCACAUUCUGAUUUAUUAAAUUUAAGUUACAAUAAACGAGCCAAAUUCCAUCCUGUACUCAUUUCUAAUCUUCUAUUAUAUUAUCAUUGGUCAUAAGCUUACUCAUUUUUUUUCUUAGUUUGUCUUUGUUUUUCAAGUCUGAAGAAAUACAAUGAAUUUUUUUCACCCUGUUCGAUCCAUCUAGCUCCUGGUCGAGUGGAAGCUCCAUUUGCCUUUAUUGUGUACAUUUCUUCUCAUUGAGACUGCAGUGACUAAUUCUGAAAUGUUUUCAAAGGAUAGUUGUGUUAUUUACUAAUGUAUUAAUUUUAUCAAUCAGAUCCUUUUGUUCUUGUCUUCUUAUUUUAAUUGAACUUUUAUUUCAUUUUAUUUUAUUUCUACUGUUGUUUAAUUAUUUUUCUUCCCAUUUAUUUUAUGUAAUUUUAUUUUCUAUUGCUUACUGUUUUGCUUUUACUUCUGUAAAGCACAUUGAACUGCCACUGUGUAUGAAAUGUGCUAUAUAAAUAAACUUGCCUUAUACGUGAAA